CCACCCAGCUUUAAACAGCAAAAGCACUAGUUCGCCAGCGGUGUCGGUUGGUGCAGCUUCUAGGCAAAAGCAAAAGAAAACAUCUGCACCUGCUGAAACGUCUCUGAAUUUUAUUAUUUUAGAGCUUUAUAUGUGUAUAGUUUGUUAUAUAUUCCUUGUGCGUCCUGGUUUCGUGGUUGGGAUGGGUGGAUCUUUUUUCUGCUAUUAAAGCAGCCAACGCGUUCAGAUUUAGCUCUCAUCGCUUCUCCGUGUAGCUCAGUGAUUUCUGAUUUUGGUAUGUUUUGUACAAUAUUUCCGUGGACUUUCGACAGGACGGCGGCGUCUUCGCGUCGCCGUGUACAUCCAUCUGACCUAUUUGAAGAAUAAGCCGUUUUCUUAACAUAUGCUUUCUUCUCAACUGCGGCUUGGACAAAUGCCUUUGGAGUGUUCAGGCGAAAUGAGAAGGUCUCUUCAGCACUGCAGCAUACAGGUUUUGAAGAUGGAGCACGGCUAUCAAGACCAAGAUAAUACAUUUUAUGGAUAUUUUUUCUAAAAUAUAUAUUAUAUUUCAUCCUCAGUGCCAGUUAUCCUGUGCAUUUAAUUCGGAAUUGAGCAAAAAUAUAAACAGUAAGUUAUUUAGGUCAGGAGUUCGUGGUGAAUCUUCCCCGGCGUUACAUUGAUAUAGCCUUGUAUCAUACCUGACAACAUCUAUUUUUUUCCAAAGCAAAAAUAAAAGCACAGCCUUUCGCUUUACAUGGAUUUCUAAAUUAUGCGACGGAUUAUUCUGGAGUCGAACGCUGAUACCUUUAUCCAACCUUGCAAAUGAAGACAGCGAACGUUUUAACCCGAAAUUUGAUCAGAUCGCAGCUAAUUUAAUAAAUAGGGCUUGUAAUGUAUUGAGCUUUCUUAUUUACACCUCGAUUCGGGUUAAUCGGUACUUGCAUUUGCUGAGAGUGGUAACUAUGAAGAUGAUCCUGUUUCGCAAAUUCCGAGUGUUGAUCCUCAUGGUGUUCCUGAUAGCGUGCACCAUGCACAUCAUGAUUGACUUGUUACCAAAGUUGGAGAGACGAGCGGCCGGACCCAGCGCCGGCAACAGCGCCUGCUCAUGCUCCCACAGACCGAGUGAAGAACCGCAGAGUUGGGGUAAGCAGCGGCUUAGACCGGGAGCCGAAUCGGGCUGGCCUAAUAAGCAUACUUUAAGGAUACUGCAAGAUUUCAGUAACGAGCCCAGUUCCAAUCUCACCUCGCAUUCCUUAGAAAAGAUCACGGGGCCCGGGGAUAAAACUGAGACUUUUAAAAGACUGGAGCAAUACGCACGAAACGAAGAGAGCAAGAAGCACUUCAUCCACAACGCUGGAGCCGAGAGUGUACCUGUCCAGGGCUUCUCUAGACUGUCAUCCCUCUUUGAGCAACCUUUGUACAAGAUCCCCCUGCCGUCACUGACAGACGAAGACACGUUGUUUAACGUCAAUACAGACAUCAGAUUCAACCCGAAAGCUGCUGAGGAGCAAGAAUGGCAGAAUGAAGGGCAUAAAGAAGAAUUUAGCCCUACUGGGGAAUCGUCUGUAGACACUUAUCCAAACUGGCUGAGAUUCCACAUUGGAAUUAAUCGGUAUGAACUGUAUGCUAGACACAGCCCAAUCAUGGAUGCUCUGCUGAACGAUCUGGUCACUCAAAGAAUCACCAGUGUCGCCAUGAAGUCUGGAGGCACGCAGCUGAAGCUCAUCAUGACUUUCCAAAACUAUGGCCAGGCCCUGUUCAAGCCCAUGAAGCAGACCCGGGAGCAGGAGACCCCGCCCGACUUCUUCUACUUCUCUGACUUCGAGAGGCACAACGCUGAGAUUGCGGCCUUUCAUCUGGACAGGAUCCUGGACUUCCGUCGAGUCCCUCCAGUGGCCGGACGACUGGUCAACAUGACGAAAGAAAUCAGAGAUGUAACCCGGGACAAGAAGCUGUGGAAAACCUUCUUCAUAUCGCCAGCCAACAACAUCUGUUUCUACGGCGAGUGCUCCUACUACUGCUCCACGGAGCACGCUCUGUGCGGGAAGCCUGAUCAGAUCGAGGGCUCCCUGGCUGCCUUCUUGCCCGACCUGGCCCUGGCAAAGCGCAAGACGUGGAGGAACCCGUGGCGGCGCUCCUACCAUAAGCGAAAGAAAGCAGAAUGGGAGGUUGACCCAGAUUACUGCGAGGAGGUCAAGCAGACCCCGCCCUAUGACAGCGGCACGCGUCUCCUGGACAUCAUGGACAUGACCAUCUUUGACUUUCUCAUGGGUAAUAUGGAUCGGCAUCACUACGAGACGUUUGAGAAGUUCGGCAAUGACACUUUUAUCAUCCACUUGGAUAACGGGAGAGGGUUUGGGAAACACUCCCAUGAUGAAGCCUCUAUUCUUGUGCCUUUAAGCCAGUGCUGCAGAGUGAAGAAAUCGACCCACCUUCGCCUCCAGCUGUUGGCCAGGGAGGAGUUCAAGCUGAGCACCCUGAUGGCCGAGUCCCUGCUGAGGGACCGGCUGACGCCCGUGCUCAUCCAGCCCCACCUAGAGGCCAUGGACCGCCGGCUUCGCCUGGUGCUCAAGGUGCUGUCCGACUGCAUCGAGAAGGAGGGCUACACGGCCGUAGUGGAGGACGACCUGGAGGCGGGGAGUACCCACACGGCCCCCCGGGACAGGUAGUAGGCCAGGGCUGGAGGGAACUUUCCCCCUGCACUCCCAAAUCCCACCCCCCCAGCCCUCCGAAGUCUUGAAAGAGACGCCCCUAUUUGCGCAACUUUUUGAAUUCAGUGAAUUCCAAGACUCAUUUAUUCCUUCAUCUCUCCUGUAUGUGCGUUUGUAUAUAAGUGUGUGUAUAUAAGCUGAUACAAGCUUGUGUGCAAGUACAUGCAUAAGGGAGGUGAUAGACAUGGUCUUGUUAAAUAAAAUGGUUUUAUUGCUCAUAUCUGACAGCGUGUCAACAAGAACCAUUGCUCUCUGCUGUUGUCCCUCAUGUAAUUUUUUUUCAUUUUUCUUUUAAAUCAGAGGCACCGAUUGGAGUGCCGGUUUGCUCCAACGUGUGUUUAUUUUGUCCUGCCAGCCUGAAUUGGCCUUAAAUUAUUUAUUGAGUUGCUUGUUUUUUUAUUUGUUGCGAACAUCCGAUUAAGUACGCAAAAGGGAAUAAGACUGGUUCGGUAGAAGCGUGUUGAUGUGGAAUUUGGAUACAUACGGAAGGGCAGGCUUUGCUCCUUGUCUUCACCGUGCGACGCACAAGCCCGUGGGGGUGUGACUGUCCGGGGAGCCUGUGCACAGCCUCACAGUCGGGUCAGAUCUGCUGAAGAGGCAGCAUGCGUGCAUGUCGUUAGGAACCUCUACACAGCCGUAGCUAGACGUCAUAUUUAUGGAGUUCCUUCUUUAUAUAUUUGGGUUUAAAAAUCAAAUCAUAUUUCUUUUUUGUUGUCUGUUUAUGGUCAUUCAUUCAGUUUUUCAUGUUUACAUUAUCGCCUAAACAUGGAGCGGUGCAGACAUGAAAAAUGUCGUUGUUUUACGGAACAACUAAGGGACGUAAAUCCUAAUAUUAAUUCUGCCUAUAAACAGCGGACAAGGGCCAACUUUGCGCUCGACGUUUAAUAAACACCGCUCAGCCGCACUCGUGAAACUUUGCGUUAUAAUCACAUGCUCUGUACUUUGAGAGGUGUUUUGUAGACCGUAUGUUAGGUACUCUUCAUGCUGGUACUGUUCACAUUUAUCAAAGUGCUGUAUCCUUUCACUUUGCGAAAAGCUGCCAAACUCAGAAUUACAUUCUAAUUAAGUUAUUGAUUUGCUAGGUACUGGGUUUCCCUUCUCAUGCCUAUACAAGUGCAUCCAUACAUCUCUUUCUAUUAGAUGAUGCUACUUCAAAAGCACAAGUGGCCAUAAUAUAAACGACUGAGCCAAUAUCAUAUUUUGCCACCAGUAUAAUAACAUGCAUAUUAAUGAAUCAUAGUUUCUGAAUGUUUAUAGUGAACACUAUAAGUCUAUAUAAUAUGCCGUAAGAGUCCAAGUUAAGACAACUGAAAUUGAAAUCAGACUAAAUUUUUAAUAAUUAGCUCAUUAAUUAGCCCGUCUUAUAUUUUCGCCAAAUCGUUAAGUGCUUUCCUUAAACUGUCAGACAUUUGUGGAAGAUGUUUAGUUAGUCUGAAAUGUUGUUGCCAAAGGGCAAAAGCUUCUGUUUCCUUGAUUAAAUCAAUUCCGAUACUAAAAGUUGUCUUUAGGAAUUAUAAAACGUUUCCUGUGCAUUUUAAAGUGGAUCUUUAGAUUCUUCAACCAGACUUGUGAUAAAAUUGAAAUGUAUUUCCUUAUUUAUCAACACUCUGCUUUGUUUAUUUCUAUACAUUCCAGGAGAACAAGUCAAGUUCUGUGAUGUGGUCUGAUUCUGCACUAAUCUUGUGUGUGUGUGUGCGUGUGUGUGUGUGUGUGUGUGUGUGUGUGUGUGUGUGUGUGUGUGUGUGUGUGUAAAUUGGGGGACUAUGAUAAAAUAAAAUUAUGAGGUAAUAUAAUAAUCUGUUACUGAAAUACUCUUUUAAGUGGAGCAUCAGUUGCAAAACUUGGGUCUCUGACAUUGUUGCCUGAUAUUCUGUACCAUUCUGUAUCAUUCUAUGUGUUCCAGACAACAUGUCAUGUCUGUCCUAUAAGCUUUUUGUAUGAAGCACUUUUUGACUCAUGACCAAAACUCCAGAGAUCCCAGGCCUCUAACUCUGUAGAAGCCAAUGGGAAUAAAUAGUUUGUCAACCGAAUGAUUAUGGCUUUCAGAUAUUUUACACUAUUACAUCAAGCCUUUCCAUGGGUUUCCCGUUGGCUCAAGGACUACCUCCUUGAAUUGUGCAAUAGCAUGAAGUGUAUUGUAAAUAUUCCAUCUCACUGAAAAUUCAACAGGAGCAUAGGAAUUUAAAUCCAAUUUAAAAUGGCAAGGGAGAACAGGCUCUAUUUAUGUAUAAUGUUUUCUUUUCCAUUUGAAAAACUUCUGCUUGAUAUCGGAGCAUAGCAAAAUGCACAACUGAAACCAAUUUGCACACACUGACCGCAGGUUACCAGGGUGGCAAAAGGCCUCUGCACUGGGUGAAGAAUCAUGUCUUUACAAAAUUGAACAGUAACUGUCGGUGUGGCUGCUGUCCAAAUACAUGUCCUGACUUCAGACUGUGCAGUAAGCAUUUAUUACUGUAAAUAGAUGAAAUGCUGCAUUAUUUAAUGCAUCUUGAACAUACAUUUUAAAGUUAGCAUAAUUAUCCAUUAGGAGAAAAUCCUUUUGUACACAGUGCCUAAUGUAUAAAGACUUAAUUGUUACUUCCUUUUGUCCUUGUGUGAGGUUGUGUUCGUCUGAAGAAAUAUACACAAUGAUCACAGUGGCAAUGUAGUGAAAAGACAAUAUUUUAAAACCAUAAUUUGUAUGGUAGGUUGACCGACUGUUCUUAAGCGAAGCGGCUUCCAAGUAGUCUGCUAGAAACGUGAGGGAUUUUCGCUGUAUCACAACUCAUAUACCAAGACAUAUCGUCCUUGGUUAAGAGGACACAAUUUAUAAAGAAAUGCAUAUCCUCCAUAGACUAAUAAUGGUUUAGCUUUUUGGGUUUAUUUUUUUGCUGUUUUAUUUACUGAAGUCUAAGUUAGAAAAUCAAAUGACGCUUAAAUAAACAAAAAGAGUAGGUUUGGAUUUCAUGUCAUCAUUGUGGGCACGUCAAGGUGGCGCGCUGAUGUCUGUCUUAUGCUGACAGUGCAUCCAGGGUGUGGGCAUCAGUCACUGUCAGCAGAGUGCAGUGCUAGAGUGGCUGUGUAAGUACAGUAGAAUGAAUUGGAUUUAAUCCAGUGCCUGUGCAGUGAUAGGAAUACUUGAAUAUUUAGUUUCGCUAUUUAAGAAAAGACUCACUUUCCACCUGGAUUCAUGAAGAACUGGAGCUGAGGUGUGUGUCCGUCGUGCCCUGAUGGUGAUGAACGAGGCACGACUUUUGUUCCUUCUGUUCUCACAUGUAAAUAAGUAUAAGUAAUUUGCCAGCCUAAAAAGCUAUGACUUUGUGGCGAUAUGCUUCUUUUACUUUCAUGCAUUGUUUGUGUGGAGUUUGUUUGCAAAAUGUGCAAUAAAACAAAAACAAAAACAAA